GCAGCCAGAAGGGAAAGCGCGCCGCCUUUUGCGACAGAAAUAGCGCGGGAGCGGCGGUGGUGGCGGCUGAGAGGAGCGCGGCCCUGGGAGAGGUGCGGCCUCGGAGGGCGGAUCACCCCGCGCUGCGCAGCUCUGAGGAGGGACCGGCCCUGGAGGGAGGACACAGCACUAUGCCUUGGUGCCGUGGGAGCUGUCACAGCUACCUGUGAUGAACUUUCAAGCCAGGCUUCUUGCUAGCUGUGGGGUCAGGAUGCUGCCUCAGCCCUGGCGCAGCUUAUCAUGGGCUGCAGACGGUCCAGCACUGCAGAGGAUCCGGAAGGUCCUGUGUGUGGCUGAGAAGAAUGAUGCUGCCCGAGGAAUUGCAGAUCUGCUUUCCAACAGCAGAAUGCGGCGGAGAGAAGGGUUUUCCAAGUUCAACAAGAUCUACGAAUAUGACUACCAGAUGUUUGGCCAGAAUGUUACUAUGGUGAUGACAUCCGUGUCAGGACACUUGCUGGCUCAUGAUUUCAAGCUGCCAUUUCGCAAAUGGCAUGGCUGUAACCCUCUAGCUCUUUUUGAUGCUGAAAUCGAGAAAUAUUGUCCUGAGAAUUAUAUGGAUAUUAAGAGAACCCUUGAACGAGAAGUCCAGCAAUGCCAAGCUCUGGUCAUCUGGACUGACUGUGAUCGAGAAGGAGAGAACAUCGGUUUUGAGAUCAUUCAUGUUUGCAAAGCUGUAAAGCCAAACCUCCAGGUAUUCCGAGCACGUUUUUCAGAGAUUACGCUUCAUGCUGUCAGAAGGGCCUGUGAGAAUCUCACCCAACCAGAUCAAAAAACUAGUGAUGCCGUUGAAGUCAGGCAGGAGCUGGACCUCAGGAUAGGUGCUGCUUUCACCAGAUUCCAGACCCUGAGGCUCCGGAAGAUCUUCCCUGAUGUUUUAGCAGAUCAGCUGAUCAGCUAUGGUAGUUGCCAGUUCCCAACUCUGGGGUUCGUAGUUGAGCGCUUUAAAGCCAUCCAGGCCUUUGUCCCUGAAGCCUUCUAUAAAAUCAAAGUGACACACGAUCACGAAGAUGGCAAUGUGGUCUUCAACUGGAAGAGGAACCGGCUCUUUAAUCACACAGCGUGCCUGGUCCUUUACCACAUGUGUAUGGAGGAUCCUGUUGCCACUGUUGUUGAGGUUGGAAGCAAGCCAAAGAGCAAAUGGAGACCCCUGCCCCUGGACACUGUGGAACUUGAGAAGCUGGCUUCCCGCAAACUGAAAAUAAAUGCAAAGGAAACGAUGAGAAUAGCAGAAAAACUCUAUACUCAAGGGUUUAUUAGCUAUCCGCGAACAGAGACCAACAUUUUCCCCAAGGAGCUGAACCUCUCUGCCUUAGUACAGCAUCAAACACAGGACCCCAACUGGGGAGCAUUUGCACAGAGGAUCUUGGAUCAGGGUGGGCCAACCCCUCGGAAUGGAAACAAAUCAGAUCAGGCUCACCCUCCCAUUCACCCCACAAAAUACACUGCUAACCUGCAGGGCAAUGAACAGAGACUGUACGAAUUCAUUGUGCGCCAUUUUUUGGCUUGCUGCUCUCAAGAUGCCAAGGGACAGGAAACAACUGUGGAGAUUGACAUUGCUAACGAGCGAUUCGUUGCUCAAGGACUUAUGAUCUUGGCCCGCAACUAUCUGGAAGUUUAUCCCUAUGAGAAGUGGAGUGACAAGGUUAUCCCACUGUAUCAGAAAGGGUCUCGUUUUCAGCCCACUACAGUGGAGAUGGUGGAUGGGGAAACCAGCCCUCCAUUGCUCCUCACAGAAGCGGAUCUCAUUGCACUCAUGGAGAAACAUGGCAUUGGGACUGACGCCACUCAUGCUGAGCACAUUGAGACAAUUAAGACACGGAUGUACGUGGGCCUUACAGCAGAUCAGAGGUUCCUUCCAGGCCACCUGGGCAUGGGGCUAGUUGAAGGCUAUGAUUCCAUGGGCUAUGAGAUGUCCAAGCCUGACCUUCGAGCUGAGCUGGAGGCUGAUCUGAAGCUGAUCUGUGAGGGGAAGAAAGACAAAUCUUUAGUGUUGCAACAGCAAGUCCAAAAGUAUAAACAAGUCUUCAUUGAGGCUGUGGCCAGAGCCAACAGGCUGGAUCAGGCCCUGGCUCAGUAUUUUGGAGAAGCCACAGAAAUUGUAGAGCAAGAGGAAGUCUACCCAGCAAUGCCUGUUUCCAUUCGGAAGUGUCCACAGUGCAACAAUGACAUGGUCCUGAAGACCAAGAAGAAUGGCGGGUUCUAUCUCGGCUGCAUGGGAUAUCCAGCUUGUAAAACUGCGGUCUGGUUUCCUGAUUUUGUGCUGGAUGUGGCCAAGGACGAGAGCAUCUGUGCUGUGUGUAAACCACAUCCAGUUCACAGACUGAAGUUUAAAUUUAAGAGAGGCAGUGUUCCACCCAUGAUGCCCCUGGAGUUUGUUGGCUGCAUUGGAGGAUGCGAUCAGAUGCUGAAGGAGCUCUUGGACCUGAGGUACUCAAACGGAUCGUCCCAACCUGGGCAGUCAGGCAGCCAGCAAGCCAACCAGAUGCAGGUGAACAACUCCCUUAACAGAGCAAACAGUGAAAAGCUGCACGUGGGGGGGACCACAAAUGUGGCAGCAGGACAUCUGCUUUCCUUGAAUUCAAGGAGAGCACCCAGGCCUGCUCCUUCAGCUGAUCCAGAUGAUGGGAACAACGCAGUGGUGUGCAACUGUGGGAACGAAGCCAUGCUGUUAACUGUGCGCAAAGAAGGGCCCAAUCAAGGCAGACAGUUUUACAAAUGCAGUGCCAAGACCUGCAACUUUUUCCUCUGGUCUGAUCAACAGUCAGAGGACAGAAACAAUGCAGCUCCGCGGGGCUCUGCACCACCCCAGGCCUUUGGGGCAAGGGACCCUGCAAAUUCUCAGAGAUCAGGAGGAAAGAGAGGCCCAGAACACUUUGGAAGCAGCAACAACUCCAGUUCAGGAGGCAGCACAGUCUGCAGGUGUGACCAGCCAGCUGUCACACGCACGGUCCAAAAGGAUGGGCCUAACAAAGGGCGGCAGUUCCAUACGUGCUCAAAACCCAGGGAGCAGCAGUGCGGCUUCUUCCAGUGGGCUGAUGAAAACGUGGCUCCAGGAGCUUCUGGAGAUUUCUCUUUUAGCCACUCUGGGAGCAAUGGAUACUCAAGGGAGUUGGGAAGUAAAGCUAAGAGACCAAGCAAUCUCUCCCAAGGAGCAACUGCCAAGAAACCACGGACCUGCAGCAUUUGCCAUCAGCCUGGCCACACUAAGAAAACUUGCCCUCUAGAUCACUGAGCCCAGAUGGACAUCUCUUGAGAUCUGAAAGGUCUGGGGUUGCAAGCUGCUUUAGGAGCAGCUACUGCUGAAAGGAACUGGAACCCAGAAACAAGUCUGCACGAGUGCAUCCAGGAAGGGCUGGUUGCAGGCUGCUCCUACUAGGGGAUACCUUCCUCACUCAUGCUUUAUGAGCAUGGGUAGAGAGGGUUCAAACAGCUUUGAAAAUUAGCUCCACUACUGGUGUCAGCCUUUGGUUUUCAACUGCUCUUCUGCUGAGCAAAUCAGAAUACCCUAAACAUUUCAAGGAAGCAGUUGGAAACUGUGAAUCUGCAGUGAAAACAGGAGUGGAUUUAGUCCACCUGCAGCUCCCACUGUGGUAGCAACUGUAUGCAGCAUUUCUACAUGAGGAAGAGCUGGAUCACAGCCACUGGGAUAGACCCUAGGGCUGCUCAACUCUUCUAUCUCCCUGGUUUUCCACAGUGUGGAAUUUUAAGUUGCCCUUCUAAAUGGAAGUUACCACAGCAACAUUCCCCUUUCUUUUUUGUCACUUACCUUGGUUGUCCUUGUCUGCGAUGGAGCCUGGUGCAAUGAAGAUGGAGCUGGAGCUUGCCCUGAAAGGGAAGCUCAGCUGCAGUGCUCAGGAAAAGCCUUCCUCUUAGACCGUUCCUGAAUUUGAAGCUGCAUUCUUCCCCAGACCUCGAGACGUGCCUGUGUGAUGCUGCUAGUUAAUGGAGGUUAUUUUUGUCCAAGUAAUAAGCUUUGUAUUAAAAGAUUAUUUAAUUUUUAAAUUUGA